AUGCCCUUCCUCGCUUCGCUGGGCAGGCGCGUCACGCUGCAACAGCGCUCUCUGCGAGCUGCUGCCCAGCUUCGAUCGUUUGCAUCGUCGAGGCACGCCUUCUCGCAGGAUGUUUUUCAGACGCAAUUAGACAACCCCGAGCUUUCUGCUAUCCUCUCUUCAAUGAAAUCGAAUCCGUCUGUCCCACAGACAUUAACAGAGAAAAUUGUCCAGAAAUACGCCGUCGGACUGCCCCAGGGCAAGUUCGUCAAGGCAGGCGACUAUGUGACAAUAAGACCGUACCGAUGCAUGACCCAUGACAACUCUUGGCCAGUUGCGCUCAAAUUCAUGUCGAUCGGUGCCUCCAAAAUCAACGACCCCGAACAAAUAGUCAUGACUUUGGACCAUGACGUUCAAAACGAAAGCGAGAAAAACCUGCAGAAGUAUCGCCAAAUCGAAGAAUUUGCCAAACACCAUGAAGUCAAGAAACAGUAUGGUUCUAAACGCGGGAUUGGACAUCAAAUCAUGGUUGAGGAGGGACAUGCCUGGCCAGGCACUCUGGUGGUCGCCUCAGACUCGCAUUCGAAUAUGUAUGGCGGAAUUGGAGCUAUUGGUACACCGGUUGUGAGGACCGACGCUGCGAGUAUAUGGAGUACUUCAACCACCUGGUGGCAGGUACCGCAAAUUGCAAGAGUGCAUUUCACUGGGGUUCUACCUGUCGGGGUAACUGGAAAGGAUGUGAUUGUUGCUCUCUGCCAUUUGUUUGGUAAAGACGACGUGCUUAAUCAUGCCAUUGAGUUUACAGGAUCGGAAGAAACGAUGCGCAGUCUUAGGGUAGACGAUCGUCUAACAAUUGCGAACAUGACUACAGAAUGGGGAGCCCUAACUGGACUGUUUCCUAUUGAUGAUGUGCUCAAGGGCUGGCUCCGAGGAAAGGCCACUACCGCAGCCAUGGGCCUAGCUGACGGUCCCUAUAAAACCGUUGCUGCAGAAAACUUUACUCAUGCUCGACUGGAAGAAUUGUUUGCGAAUCCAUUAGCGGCCGAUAAGGGAGCCAAAUAUGCCAAGGAAAUCUUCCUGGAUUUGUCCUCUCUGUCACCAUAUGUCUCCGGUCCGAAUUCAGUCAAGGUAGCCACACCCAUUGGUGAGCUGGAAGCCCAGAACAUCAAAGUCGACAAGGCCUACCUAGUUUCGUGUACAAACUCGCGCGCUUCUGAUAUUGCGGCUGCUGCGCAAGUCUUCCGAGAAGCAGCUGAAGCAAAUGGCGGCCAAGUACCAAAGAUUGCGGAUGGAGUCAAGUUCUAUCUUGCGGCUGCGUCCCUGCCUGAACAGCAAAUUGCUGAAGACGCUGGGGACUGGCAGGUCUUAAUAGAUGCUGGUGCAGAGGCUCUUCCUUCUGGUUGUGGGCCAUGUAUUGGACUGGGCAAAGGCCUUCUUGAGCCUGGCGAGGUUGGCAUCAGUGCAUCCAACCGCAACUUCAAGGGUCGCAUGGGCAGCACAGAAGCCAAAGCCUAUCUUGGCAGUCCCGAAGUGGUCGCUGCCAGUGCAUUAUCUGGUGUUCUGAAGGGACCUGGCUGGUACCAGCAGCCAGAGGGAUGGACUGGAGUAAUCCGGGGCGAGGGAGAUGGUAUUAAAGAGGAAGACCGGAUGCUUACUGCGGAGCAGGCUCUAGAGAAAGUCAUUGGACAGCUCGACGACCUUAUUGCGGAUGGCGAGCAAAGAUUCGGCGUUUCCGAAAACCAAGAAGGCCAAGUGGGACAAGAGAAAGAAGAGGACAACAAAUCUUUGACUGAGUUGUAUCCUGGGUUCCCCGAAAGAAUCUCCGGCGAAAUUGUGUUUUGCGAUGCAGACAACAUCAACACGGACGGCAUCUACCCCGGAAAAUACACUUACCAGGAUAAUGUGCCUGUUGAGACCAUGGCAGAGGUGUGCAUGUCCAAUUACGAUCCGUCAUUCUCAUCUAUCGCCAAGGAGGGCGAUAUUCUCGUAUCGGGCUUCAACUUUGGCUGCGGUAGUUCUCGCGAACAAGCCGCAACAGCGAUCCUUGCCAAGAAGAUACCGCUCGUCGUAUCCGGCAGCUUUGGCAACAUUUUCUCGCGUAACAGCAUCAACAAUGCGCUUAUGGGACUUGAGGUGCCGCGCCUUAUUGAGCGACUUCGCGAGAGCUUUGGUUCUGGCAGUGAUCUUACCCUCCGAACCGGGUGGACGUUGACUUGGGACGUGCGUCGUAGCCAGAUCGAGGUUAAGGAACGAGAUGGCACGACAUGGACGCAGCGGGUCGGCGAAUUGCCUCCUAACGUGCAGGAAAUUAUUGCCAAGGGUGGAUUGGAGAAUUGGGUGAAGGACACGAUUGGGGUCAAAAGUGACUAG